CUGCGCCAGACAUAAUUAUAUACCUUGGCCGGGUCCGGUGAGACAGGAAUUCUGCAUCAUCUCUAGCAGGAAGGUCGUGCGAUAUCAUCAGUUUCAUCAGUAAUGUCUGAAACAUGGCUUUGUCCCACAGUCUUGUUGUGUGUAUAUGGAUUUUUCUCCAGCCUCAGACCAUCAGAGCCUUUCCUCACCGCCUUCCUGAUGGGACCUGAUAAAAACCUAACGGAGAGAGAGGUUGUGAAUGAGAUCUAUCCACUAUGGACAUAUUCCUACCUGAUCUUACUGUUUCCUGUUUUCCUGGCUACGGAUUACCUCCGUUACAAGCCCGUGCUCAUCCUCCAGGCCACCAGUUACGUCAUCACUUACGUGAUGCUGGUGAAAGCCCAGGGUGUGCUGGCCAUUCAGCUUCUGGAGUUCUUCUUCGGUAUGGCUACAGCCACUGAGAUCGCGUACUAUUCCUACAUCUACAGUGUGGUCGAGCCGUCCAGCUACCAGAAAGUGACUGGUUUCUGCCGCAGCGUCACUCUGCUGGGAUCCGCUGUAGGAUCACUCAUUGGCCAGAUUCUGGUGUCAGCAGCCCACGUUCCAUUGCUUACCCUCAGCAUCAUCACACUGUCCUCGUCCUGCCUGGCGUUCUUGGCACCGUGGUUUUUGCCCAUGCCCAGCAAGAGCCUGUUUUUCCACCAGAGUGAGAGCAGAUCUUGGGACAAGAAGGCACAGGAGCUUGCAGACAAGUCAGAGGACUACGAGUGCAAAGUGCCGCUUGGUGUGACUGAAGGCACCAAGGAGAAACAUGCUGGCGCUGGAAGUCUUGUGGAGGUCUUGAAGACUCUUGGUGCAGAUUUUGUGAAGUGUUAUUCCUGCCACACUCUCCUGGCUUGGUCAGUGUGGUGGGCUCUGUCUACUUGUGGCUACUUCCAAGUGGUCAAUUACACCCAGGUCCUGUGGGAGAAGAUCCUGCCUUCGAAAAACUUUGAGAUCUACAACGGUUAUGUAGAGACCGUAUCUACUCUGCUUGGUGCCCUUGCUGCUUUCAGUGUAGGGUUGGUUAAUGUGUCAUGGGCAGUCUGGGGUGAACUCGCACUCUGCAUUUUCUCCAUCGUCAUUGCCGUGGCUGUGUAUGUUAUGGACACCGUCAGGAAUAUCUGGGUGUGCUACACUUCUUACGUGAUCUUCCGGUCCUCCUACAUGUUGCUCAUCACUAUAGCAACGUUCCAGAUUGCCACCAAUUUAAGUAUGAAGAGAUAUGCCUUAGUGUUUGGUGUGAACACAUUCGUGGCAUUAUUACUGCAAACGCUGCUUACUGUGAUUGUGGUCGACUCUGCCGGCUUGGGCCUCGAUAUUUUUCCCCAGUUCCUGAUCUACGGCAGUUACUUUGCUGCAAUCGCAGUGAUCUUCCUCAUAGCUGGCUUGUACAAAGUGUCUACACACAGAAGCGCUGCUGCUACUGCUGGAGUGCACACUGAGAGUGCAGACAGUGAGACAGACUCCUCUUCUGCAGAGACUCCCAUCCCUAAAGACAACAGUAUGAAUUAAUUUAUAAUCAAUACUUUCAGCACUUUUCAAUCAAACUAGGUUAUUUAUUAAAGUAGUGAUGUGUCGUAAAAGCGCUUAUAAUCUGCCCAGAGCUAAGCGCUAGCUUUAGUUUCCAUUUAGCAUGGAACAGAGGCUAAAUUUGGUGCUGUGUGUAGUUUCACAGCAAUAACAACAGAAUGAUUUCUGUUUAUAGCUUGAAAGAAAGAGUGUAAGAACAAGACCACAAAAACAUUUGUAUUCGAGGAUACAUGGAAUGUAAACAAGAUAAGUGUGUUAAUGAUUUGUCGCUCUGUUGCUCUGGAUAAGAGCGUCUGAGAAAUGCCAGAAAUGUAAAUGUAAAUGUAAAUGAUUUUAUCUGUGCAUACUACUGGUACAUUAAUGUUGUCUAGACGGUCACCAUCAGCAGGCUGGGCUCUGGAUUUGUACCCGGCAAAGUAUUUUAGUGCACUGAAUUCCAACAUGACUGUAGCUGGAGCUUUUACUGUGUGGAAAAAAAACGAUGUUCAACAACUGCAGAUUUCUAAACACAAUACAUCUCAGCUUCUGUAGUAGUUUCCUCUGUGUAACCAUCUCCCCCAAACCCCCCCCCCCCCAAAAGAAAAAAAGAAAAGAAAAGAAAAGAAAAGCCAAUGACAAAUUGACAGAACCGCUCUUCAAAACACUUAAAGCACAAAACAUCUAUAUCUCAUGUCUUCAGAGUCUGUGGUGCAACUCAAAAGUAGGAACAGAAGCACCAUUGUGAAACACUACAAUGUACAAAUUGUCUUCUACAUGGUGAAAAAUGUUACAUUACCACACUUGAUUUGUUGCUAACCAUUGUGGAAAAGUGAAGGACCUCCAUAUGUGCUGCAACCUUUUUUUUUUUUUUGCUCCAAAUUGUUUUACCUGUUUGGAAAAGAAUAUGUUGCCAGUAAGAGCUGAAUCACCCUGUAUAAAGCCACAAAUGAACCUCUGGUUCAGAAAGUGUCUGAUGUCAUCAUGCAGUCAUUGUAGCUGCUUAUCAAGAGAGAGGAGUUUUAUAGAAACUGGACAUUCAAAUACAGUACUGUCCAAAAGUCUUGGGCACUUGCAAAUAAAUGGAACAUAAACGAACUUCUAUAAAGAGCAGUAUACAGUAAUAAUGUAUUAAAGUUAAUAUUUGGUGUCAGAAGCCAGUAAAAAAAAAAAAAAGUUCAUGUUUCUAUUAAGCAACUUGGCUGGUUAAAUUUUAAAUAUUACGUAAAAUAUAAUUUAUGUAAAAUAUUACUACUUUUCUUGAAAUUUUCUUCACUAACUUUUAACUUUUCCCCCUGAGGAAGUAAUGCAGAAAUCAUAAAAUCCAGAACAAAAUAUGUACUAAAGAUAUGGGGUGCCAAAACUUUUGCACAGUAUUGUGUUUUAGUUGAAUACCCAUGCUGUACAGUAUACACUAUAUGGAGUGCCUCUUUUUUCUCUUAUAUUCUAGUGUGACUGAAGCCUGUGUUGUUUUUCUCUUCUGCUGCUGUUCUGCUGUUUUUAAGUUAUUUGAGAAUUCAGGUCAUUUUUUUCUAAUCCCAAGAGGACCUUUUCAUCUUUUUCUUCUAUUUGUUUUAGUCAUUCUUUGGCUCUCAUAAAGUGCAGGCGGUGAUAGUGAUUGCGUUAAUGUGCUGUAAAUGUUACCCCGUUGCCAAAUAAUGAGCUCUCGCCUGCUGCGGUUCUGCUUUGUUUCAUUUCACUCAUUUAGUUGAAGGUAGAUGAUUUUCAGACAGCUGUUAACCUCUGUACUAGGCUUCUUUUUUUUAUCAUUCAACAUUUUCUACCUCUCUGUCUCUGUAACUGGAGGUUAAAUAUGUUGGUGAGUCACACACAACUUCCUUUGCUUAUCUUGGAUAUACACUAUAUUGCCAAAAGUAUUCGCUCACCCAUCCAAAUAAUCAGAGUCAGGUGUUCCAAUCACUUCCAUGGCCACAGGAGUAUAAAAUCAAGCACCUAGGCAUGCAGACUGUUUUUACAAACAUUUGUGAAAGAAUGGGUCGCUCUCAGGAGCUCAGUGAAUUCCAGCGUGGAACUGUGAUAGGAUGCCACCUGUGCAACAAAUCCAGUCGUGAAAUUUCCUCGCUCCUAAAUAUUCCACAGUCAACUGUCAGCUGUAUUAUAAGAACGUGGAAGUGUUUGGGAACGACAGCAACUCAGCCACGAAGUGGUAGGCCACGUAAACUGACGGAGCGGGGUCAGCGGAUGCUGAGGCGCAUAGUGCGAAGAGGUCGCCAACUUUCUGCAGAGUCGAUCGCUACAGACCUCCAAACUUCAUGUAGCUCAAGAACAGUGCACAGAGAGCUUCAUGGAAUGGGUUUCCAUGGCCAAGCAGCUGCAUCCAAGCCAUACAUCACCAUGUGCAAUGCAAAGCGUCGGAUGCAGUGGUGUAAAGCACGCCGCCACUGGACUCUAGAGCAGUGGAGACGCGUUCUCUGGAGUGACGAAUCGCGCUUCUCCAUCUGGCAAUCUGAUGGACGAGUCUGGGUUUGGCGGUUGCCAGGAGAACGGUACUUGUCUGACUGCAUUGUG